AUAUUCUCCUCCCAGGGCUCGACUGUCCACUCCCACAGAGGGCGAGCUUUCAAUCACAAAUAUUUCCGAAGAAAGAAGACAAGUAAUACUGAUAAUCUGAUGUCCUUGGGGAUUUUUCACAAGAAACGUCAACCCCAAAGCAUGAACAUUUUCAAUCCAAGUUAAAUCCCGACGGAACGGCGGAUGGCGUAAUAUCCGGAAUAUCUGGAGAAACGAGCGCUGGUUGGAUUCCUUGUUUAUUUUUUGACACAUGCCUUACACUGAGGAAAGCAGCAAAGCUAAUCUGCUCUAUGGGAACCUGCUUGUGACUCAUUCAGUACCCGGGACCGGUCCUGUUCCUCUGUCAGCCGGACUGCGGGGGCCGCUCCAAUCCCGGAAUCUUCAAAGUUACGCGUCAGGCGCGUGGAUAGAUUUCCUGGACUAGAUCCUAAUAUAUUUAAGAACAGCAGGCACUACCUUCGCUUCUGUGGGACAUAAAACAUGCGAGAAACAAGAAACGGUGUCUCAGUCGAGCCCCACAAACUCAGACAGGGAAGUCCUUCGACGUGUUCAGGUUUAAUUUUCUCCGCUGAGCGCACACUCACCCAGCAUCCGCGACCAUGACUUCGACUGCUUAUAAAGGUCUCUACAUCGGCAUGGAGGUGGUGAUCGCUUUGUCCUCGGUCAUCGGGAACGUAAUGGUGGUCUGGGCUGUGCGCAUUAACCGGUCUUUGAGAGACACCACGUUUUGUUUCAUCGUCUCCCUGGCCUUGGCUGACAUUGCAGUCGGAGCUCUUGUCAUCCCCCUCGCUAUAACCAUCAGCAUCGAACUCAGGACGCACUUCUACAGCUGUUUGCUGGGCGCCUGCACAGUGCUCGUCCUCACGCAAAGUUCAAUCCUGGCGUUGCUGGCUAUCGCCAUCGACCGCUAUCUGAGAGUCAAAAUACCCAUGAGCUACAAGCGAGUGGUGACCCCACGACGAGCUGGAACAGCGGUUUUAUUGUGCUGGCUGGUGUCCAUCAUAGUGGGCCUCACUCCCAUGUUUGGAUGGAAUAACCUGCAGCACCUCCGUGAAAAUGGCUCCUUGAGCAGUGACGCCUUGGUGACCUGUCGGUUUGAGACAGUCAUCAGUAUGGACUACAUGGUCUACUUCAAUUUCUUUGGCUGGGUGCUGCCCCCUUUGCUACUAAUGCUGGCUAUCUAUGUUGAGAUUUUCUACAUGAUCCACAAGCAGCUCAACAAAAAGGUUACAGCAAGCCACACUGACCCGAGACGAUACUUUGGAAAGGAGCUUAAGCUGGCCAAGUCACUUGCCCUAGUUCUUUUCCUCUUUGCAGUAAGCUGGCUCCCUCUUCACAUCCUGAACUGCAUAACCCUCUUCUGCCCGGAAUGUGACAAGCCAGAAUUCAUAUACAUUGCCAUCAUCCUCUCCCAUGGCAACUCAGCUGUCAACCCCAUCGUUUAUGCUUUCCGCAUCAAGAAAUUUCGUACAGCGUUCCGGAAAAUCUGGAAACAGUACCUGCUCUGUCGGGAUCCAGUUGGCCGUCUUCCUCAAAGAGGAAGCCAGAGAGAACAGAGUCACGAAAGGAGGCUGAGGCAGAAUGAUGACGAUGACGAUGAUGUGUGACCUUUGGCAAUUAAUUGGAUUGCUGUGUUACUGUCAAGUGUCAGCACACUUUGUCGCAAAGUGGAAAGGACACCGGCUUUAUUGUUAUGCUUGACAGAUAUACUGGUGGAAAUGGCUUUCAGAGGAUGUCCGAUGUCUGAAUGAUUUCCUCCAUCCACAUGCACCAACAAGGAGAGGGGAUUAAAACUCAGCAUGGGGAUGAGAGCCACACUAUAAAUCAUACUGAUUUCUCCACUGACUGACAAAAUGCUGAUUGUGUUGUGUCAUACUGUAUGUCCAUCGCACUAAAAGUGAUCAACAAGAGCUCCACCGCUUUCAAUGCCAACUUGUUGGGCUUAACCGAGUAAGUGUAGAUUUGGAGCACAUGUGGUACAAUAAUAGUCAGCUGUACUGUUUUUCUUUUUUAACCGAAUUAAAACUCAUGACCUUUUUCAUGUGAUUGAUGUCAAAUAUUUGUGCUUGUGUAUGCUACAUUAACAUGCUUUGUUCUGUGGCCUUAAGGAUAGAAAAUGUAAUGAAAAAGUACUGAGGCAAAUUGUAGCCUUCCGUUAACACUGACAGUUUGUUAAACAGGAAAUCUACUCAGCCAGCUCAGCACUGUGAGGGUAAAACUGGAACUCUGAAGAAGCUCGCUUAGUAACUCAUCAAACUCAUGGACUUUACAGAUGUGUUGACCUGGUCUUACUUCUAACUUGUCACAUAUUAAUACUUAGUCGGGACACAUUGUAACGCACUCGGUACCCCUUUAGCAUCAUUGUUCAGUGUGAAGGGCAGUCCAUUAGAGUUCAGUAGAAGUCCUGUAACCUAUGAAAUAGACACUGUGAGAUCUUGGGGGAAAAAGGGCUUGGCUGGUGUGGGUUUACUGCCAUGAGACAUACAAUCAACCAAGGAAAUAUUGGAAAAACUUGUUGCAGAUGAAAGAAGUUUGCCUUUGUCAUUGUGAAAGGAUGUAUUUCAACCAAAACCCUGAUUUGUUCCCCCUAAGCUGGAGUCUGAGCAGUUAUUUAGAAAUGCCUGUCAACUGAAGAGGAUGCGAGCCGAACUUUAAUUUUAAUGGCCAGUCAGAUCCAACUUAAAAGGCACUACCCCUUCAAGGUUACUGAAGUUGUUGCGAACCUCUCCUGUGGCUAAAAUGUUUCCCAUUUUGACUGUGGAUUGGCUCCUUGGUGGCAGCGUUCAGCACCUCAGGAUUCUCUCAAUUAAUUCUAUUCAGGAGUCUUUGAGUGUGGUGUUUUCUGCUUAUAUGAUACUUAUUUCCUAACCAUCAAAAUUAAGGAUCAACAUAAUGUCCAAAGUUAAUUACAGAGUGAAAAUAAAUCUAGUGCCGAAAAUAAGAGGAAGGAAAAAAGUGAAUCAGUUAUAGAGGGGUAACUCUAAAGGGGUACCCCUCAUUUUUAGACAAAGAGGUUCCUGACCAAGUGCCAGAAAGUGACAAAUUAGGAGUGAUAAUGUGCUCGAUGUGCGGUGAAUGACCACAUGCGAAGGCAAUACUUUUUGCAUUUCUGAGACCAUUUGAAUAUUAGCUUAUCCGUAUCAAUCAAAAAAUUUAAAACAGCAGAAAAUGUACUUGAUGCUCCUGUGAAACGACUGAUCCAGCUAUAGUAACUAUAUAACUAUACAUUAAAGCAUCGGUGUUAUUUAAUAUAAAACUGUGAAGAAAUGCAGGCACGCCAGCAUCUGCUGAGCUCCAUUUGAUCAGUUUAACUCUAUAAUGUACUGCAAAUGUAUCAUUAGGCCCUUUCUACUACUCACCGGUAUUAUUAAAAAAAAAAACAAAAAAAAAACAAAAAACAAACAUUUACUUGUGAUUCUUUGUGACAAAUAUUUAACAAUAUAGCAUCAAUAAAUUGUGUCUGUGAUUUGUGUUAGGGUGCUGACCUAAACCAAUCAGCAUUAACCUCAAAGUGGGGGGACUUUUAAUUUUAACAUAACAGAUAAAUGCUGACACCAGUAAUAUGUAGCAGUAGUAGUAUGUAAUUUUAUGUCUAAAUGUUAAUGGGAGAUACUGUCAAAAAUUCCUGUCACUGAGCAGCAGCUGUGUUUUCUCUUGCAGCUGAUCAUCAAAUGAGACAGCUAUGAAAUUCAUCUUCAAAGCAUCUCUACUCUUGUGAAAGCUGCAAAUCGAAGCAUAUGCUGCAGCAUAUGUUGAUUUAAAUACAUAAAGCUACAUAUAUUAGUAUCAAAUAGAGGCAUCAGAAUGUGUUAUGAGUUUUUGACAAAGGCAGCACUUGCUUUGUUCCCAGAAGAUCAUCUACACACGCUUGGAAUUUGAUAAUUGAAUUUCACAUGCCGCUCUUGUAGUAAUGGCUCCAUGUCAUUCUUUUCUUGCUUGGUGUCCAUGUAAAGUGUUGUUAAAGCCACUAAGUCUACAAUUUAGUUGUAUAACUUUAUAACAAUUGAACUGACUACAUCAGAGGGUCCAGUCAAAAUUUGCUAAACUGGCUCAUGCAUUUGCAUAACUGGCAACAUUUUUUUAACUAACAGAGGAAGUUUUUUUUUUUUCUUUUUAAGUGUUUGUUAACUGUAAAUAGGCUGGGGGGCAGGGAGUGUACACAACAGGAGUGAAUGUCAUUUUGUGGUGUUAUUCAUGCUAAUUUACUGCUGCUUUCAUAUCUUUUUUAAUUUUCAUAUUUUUUUAAUUUCUAUACAUAGUGGCUUUAAACUUUAAUUUGUUGACUUUUACUGGACCAGUGUGAUGAAUUAAAAAUGACUUGUGCAAUAUCCUCUAUUUUACAAUAACAAUAUCAGAAGAAAAUCUAAGGUUUACAUAUUGUACAUGUAGAAACUGUCAGUCAGACUUAAGUGCUGAAGGAUCAAAGGAUUAUGUGCUAUAGUAAUGGGCGCUUGUGUCAGUAUUGAAUUACAUGGGAAUAUGCGACUUUAUAGGUCAAUAUAUUGACUGAAAAGGCAGAAAGCAGAUCCUUUGUGUCUGAAUGAGCAAACUGCUUUAGUGGUGCUGUUUGAUGUGCUGUUGGAAAAUACACUUUUAUUAAACACAAGAGAAACAAAAUAAAGCUGCUUUCAUCAUCGGUGCUGACUGCAAAGAAUCUGAUAAGAAAUGGUAUCAGGUAAUCUUGAUUUUAUUAAAAAGGCUUUGUGUAGGAUGUACUAAAUCACUGUCAUCUGUCAUUCAGUCAAAUCACACAAUCAAGUCAUAUUCAGGCUUAGACCAUAGCACAACCUAUAAAAUCUAUUUUUAACACAUAAGUUAGCUUUUAUUUUUAAAUGUAUUUUAUGUAUGAUUUCAUAAAGAAAUGUUUUUCUGUUUGUUUUUAAAAAUAAAACUUGUGUGACUUCA